GACACUAAAACCUGUUACAAGAAGAUUGAAUCUUAUGAAUAUCCAUUUUUUAUCGACACUCGAACGGAAGCUGAGAAAAUCCGUGAUGAGGUGGCCCAUCAUAGAAUAAGACUUGCAUACUUGGAACCUUAUGUAGAUCAAGAUAUUCCAAAAAUUGAACUGUCCACACUUCUAAAAUUUGUUGAUCGUUGUCAGAGCAUUGAAGAGCUGAAAACCAUCCUAGAAUCUUUUGGAACUGUCAUAGAGGAAAAUGAAAAUGGUGAUCUUUGUGUCGUCGGGAUGGAUGAUGAUUCAAGUGAAGAGGAAGAAGGAUACCUAACAGGUGAUGCUGAUACAGAGAAUGCAUAUUCUGAUUGGGGCACAUUCAAGGCCAAUGAGUGGCCUACAUCCCCGGCCUGGGAUGCAACGGCAGUCACCGAUGCAGACUGGGAUGCUUGGGAUGAGCCAGCUCCUUCUCAAAGUCGUCUUUCAUCUCCAAAUGAACACAUAUCGAGGGAACUCAAAGUUUCUGCUGUCCUAGAGACCAGUCACAUGGAAAUAGUAGAGACAAAUUCUCAGACAUUGACCAGACAAAAUCGUGAUCUUGAAGAAUUUCACCAUUUGAGUGAUAAGUCUCUCACAUCAGACCAUGAAAAAGACUGCGCUGGAACAAAACUCAGUGAACUUGAAGUUUCUUCAGUUCCUCAGAUUGACCACAUUGAAAGAGAAGAGAGCAAUCUUAAUAAUCUAACGGGAGAAAACUUGAGUCUCCAAAUAUUCCAUCAAAUAAAUAAUGCAUCUGAUACAUUACAAAAUGAAAGAAAUCCUCCAGAAAAGAAGUGUGAUGAACUAGUGAUUUCUCCAGUUUGUGAGCAGAACUGUACCAACAAGGGAGAAACCAAGACUCCUUCGUUGUCUCAAGAUGAGUCUCAGUUUCAGAAAAGCAAUGAACUGCAUGUGUCCAAUACUUCGCAACUUGAGGGGAAUAGUACAAAAACAAAACCGCCCGUGCUAUUGAUUGAUCUUGCUCAUGGUGAAGUUGAAUUGACAUGUGAUUUGGCCAAUGGCAAUCAAGCAAAUUCUUCUACAGCAGGAAGUGAUGAAAAUAUGAGUACUUCUGAAGGUGUAUGGGUGAUAUCUGAGGAACUCAAGAACAGUAAACCCCACCGAAGAAAGUACAGAAAAUAUAAAAAAAGGAAAAGCUUUGAAUCCGGAGGAUGUGAAAACACGGAUUCAAACUUCUCUGAUGCAAAUUUUCAAAGAAAAAAAAAUACUCGCUCCAAAAGAGGGUCCCUGCAAGGUAGGAGCUCACAUGUGCCCAAUGUGUCACAAGAGCAGUUGAAGUCAAUAACUUCAGAGUUGAAUGAUAAAAUUCCUUACGUUUCAACAGUCAAUUCAUUCUCAAGCAGGGAAGUAACAAGUGUUGACUUAAAGAAUGGAAACGAGAGGGAUUGUAAAGGUGAACCAAGCUCUAAAUCAUCCCCUCCUGACCGUAGUGAAAAGAAUUUGACCACAGCCAUUGAUGAUAGUGUCAAUAACAGACCUCUCAGGUCAAAGCCAGGAAGAGGAGGGAAGAGAGGUGGUAAGAGGAGGCCAUUUAAUACCUCGGAGAUGACUUCCUUAGCCAGUUCAACUUGCCAACCGUCCAUUGACGCUGUUAAGAAUAAUAAGACUCUUAAUAACAAUUCUAAUCAAAUGACUUACAAUACAACUACCAUUCCUGCACAUGAAAUACAGUCAACCGUUAACUACAAUCAACCAGUAGCGUAUCAGAAUAAAUUUUCUCGCAUUAAUUCAAAUCGAGCCACUAAAAAAAUGAGAAAUAACACCGGCAUUCUCUUGCCAAAGAAAUUGAACCAAGAUUGUAAUUUUUCCAAAAUUGGUAACCAAAAUGCAUGUAAGAAUCCGGCUAAUGGAAAUCCUUUCAUGAGUACCUUUAUGAAACUUUGUGAUGAAACUAGUGAUUCUCAUGGCAGAACAAGCCAAGAUUGCUCAAAGUCUGAAAAAAAUAUUCAUGUUGCCUCGUUGUAGUUGUCGCUAUGUAAAUGCUGAGAACGUUUGCUUCUAAUUUUGGCAAAGACUCAACCAAGUGUGACACCAGAGCACACUAGUUUUUGCAUUAUAAGCUACCUCUUUAUUAAAACUCAAUGAACUGUGAUAGUAUACAAUUCAUAGAAGUAGGGUGUUUUGUGAGAGUUUGAGUAGACCAUAACAAUAUAUUUUACUAAUUUCGAGGCGCGGAACAAUGCUCAACCAUUUAAAGUAAACAAGGCUGCCUUUUUUGUAUUUUAGAUUCGUAAUGUUUUCACUUUUAAGGGUUUACAGGGGUCUCUGUCCCUAUUCUUGUGACUCAGUACAAAGUAGCCUAAUACCUUAGUAGAUAAUGCUCUCCAGAGUUAACCAUGUUUUUACAUGUUGGUUUUUUUAUGUUCUCAUAAUCUAUUUGUCUCAUUCUCAUUGAUGUGUUCCUUUUUUAAGUGGUAAAAAAUUCUAUGUAUAAGUUAAAACCUUCUAAUAUUCUACUUUCUUAAAAAUUAGUUCUAAAUUAUAUAGCUUUCAGCAAGAAAUAUUUCUUGUGUGUGCCUAAAUUUUAAUUGUCUUUUUGUAGUUAUUAUUGAUUUCAUUAUUAUUUAUUAUUAUUAUUAUCAUCAUACAUUAUGCUUAGUUUUUGUAUUUUUCUCUACAACAUUCUCUUAUCAAAUUUAAUUACUAUGUCAAUCAGAGUUUUUAAGUCACCAUUUCCUUCCAGUUUUAAGUGAAAAUAGUCUUACUUUUGUGCUCCUUUUCAGGAGGUGUAGGUCUAUAUCUAAUUACCUCCCCCCCCCCCCCCUCUCAUUUUUUUUCUUUUUAGCGUUAGUUUAUUUUUAAGUAACAGUUUGUAUUUCUGUCCAUUUCUGUUUUUUUUUUUUUUGCACUUAUUCCAAUUUUCAUCAGAUUUCUCUCUUAUUUAAAAGUCGUCCUCUGUUGCACGUUCAGUUCUCAUUUGUCUAUCAGCAUGUUAUCUUUAUCUGCCAACUGCAAUGAAUUUAAGAUUCUGCAAUCAGGAUUAAUGCUCAUCUGUAACUGAUAAUUUUGUAACCGUGCUAUUUAUUUGUUAUAUUAUGUGUUCUUUUUAUUUUUAAAAUUUACUCCGUUCCGAUUGAAAAAUUCACAGCUGAAUCCAUAUUAUACAUCAUUACUUUCAUGGCAAUCCCCUUUAGAAAACUGUGAUUAAUGGCACAUAAAUUACUGACAAAUUUUCCGAAAAUAAUUCUAAUUGUUCAGUCCACUCUUUCUGUUUCAACUCUCAGUUCACUGGUCAGAAUCAUCACAGCACCAUAUUUUCAUUUUUUAAUCAUCAAAAUUGAUCUUUGGCCUUAUGGGCCUGUGACCGACCAGGGAAAGAGUUUUUCAUACUUGUUGAAACAGAAUUUUCCUCUUAUUAGGUUUGUAUUAUUAUUCUUUUAUAUUUAUGGCGCACAUCAUUAGCUUAAGAGUUUUAAGCCAUUUUUUGGGUAAAAAAUCCUUCUUAUUAUGAAGGGUUUUUUCUUGUCUUUCUUUUUAGUCAAUAAUUGUAAGCACCAGUAUGUUUUUAAGUUAGUUAUUUUUCUCUUCUGCUAAAGUGGUGGUAGGAUGAAUUUUUUGAUUGGUGCCUCUGUAAAAUCGAUUGUUAUAGUUUUUUUUUCUUCUCAUUGUCAUUGUCACAUUAAUCUUUCGGAUGUGGAUGAUGUGUCCUGAAGUUUUGAAACUAUAAAUUUAGAAGAAAGGAGUCAAUGCAACUUUUGGACUGUUGUUUUAUAUCACCUAGUAGUAUGUACCUAUCCUAUUCAAACACAAGAA